AAAUAGGAAAACUUGCCAAUCUCGUUGAAGCUUAUCUGGAAAAAAAACAAUUAACAGGUCACAUCCCUCCAGAAAUAGGUGACUUGACCAAUGCAAAAGUGUUCUACGCUUUCUCCAAUGAAUUGUUUGGUCCCAUUACUGCAGAAAUAGGAAAGAUGAAUGAGUUGGGGAAGUUGAAAAAACUCAACGAUUUGUUAUUAUCUAAUAAUGAACUCUCUGGCCCAAUUCCUAGUGAGUUGGGGAAGCUGCAAAAACUCAACGAUCUGGGAUUAUCCAAUAAUCAACUCUCUGGCCCAAUUCCUAGUGAGUUGGGGAAGCUGAAAAAACUCAACGAUCUGGGAUUAUCCAAUAAUCAACUCUCUGGCCCAAUUCCAUCCUCCUUUGAAAAUUUGAGAAAUUUGCAAGGUCUGUUUCUUAGUGACAACAAUCUGACGACUGAGGGAAUUCCUUUAUUUAUUUGCAAUUUGACAUCAUUAGUAUUGCUAGAUUUGGCCGGAAACAACUUGAAGGGAGAAAUUCCUCAAUGUUUGGGCAGUAUCAGUGGCCUCCUGCUAUUGAGGAUGUCAGAUAAUAAUCUCAGCGGAGAGAUCCCUUUGUCUAUUUGCAAUUUGACGUCACUGCGACGUCUAGUUUUUGCCAGAAACAACUUGAUGGGAGAAAUUCCACAAUGUAUAGGAAAUAUGAGUGGUCAUCUUUGGAAUCUGGAUAUGCAACACAAUUAUCUUUCUGGGACUCUUCCAAUAACUUUUAACAAUGGAUGUGCACUCCAAUUAUUCAACUUGAAUG